GUGGACUGUUUUGAAGGGAAAGGGGAUUCCUUUCAGAAACAUUCUUCAUUCACCCAGUUGUUGGUCGGACAGCAUUUAUUUUUCACCUCAACAAUUUGGUUCAUAACUUUGAUUCUGAGUCAAAAUACAGUUAUAGUGAUUUUGCUGGUUAGACCGUCAUUCCAAAAGCAAGUUUGCAAAUAUUGGACCCUCGGGUUCAGUUGGGCGACACGGGAGAGCUUGUUAGCUCCCAUUAGCCAGACGCUAUCGUUAGAUUUAAAGCUUAUCCGCAGCUGUCUUUCCAGGUCGGUGGUCUAGUACUGCUGGUCCGCGAUUCAGUCAAAAUGGUUUGGUCCCUUGGUGACGAUUUAAUUGUUUGAUAUUUGUCGUGAUUGGUGUUCAUAUUUGUGAAAAGGGCGUUUGAUUUUCACAAGCGCAGCUGGUUAGGUUUGGCCUGUUCAGAGUCGGGCUCUUGUAAACAAAGGACGUGUUUUCUCGGUUGCCACAUAGGGUUUUACUCGAGCAUAUAAUUUCGUCAUCAGGUUAAUCGUACAGUGAUGGCACAACACGCUCCUACACAUGUAGCCAGCUCUCAAAAAGCCCUCAUGCUGGAAAUGAAAAGUCUUCAGGAAGAGCCUGUCGAGGGAUUUAGAAUCACACUAGUAGACGAGGCAGACCUGUACAACUGGGAAGUUGCUAUUUUUGGACCUCCCAAUACACACUAUGAAGGCGGUUAUUUUAAGGCUCGGCUCAAGUUCCCAAUUGACUAUCCCUAUUCCCCACCUGCUUUCCGGUUUCUUACAAAGAUGUGGCAUCCUAACAUCUAUGAGAAUGGAGAUGUGUGUAUCUCCAUCCUUCACCCUCCAAUAGAUGAUCCUCAGAGUGGGGAGCUGCCCUCUGAGAGAUGGAACCCAACCCAAAACGUCAGAACCAUUUUGUUGAGUGUGAUUUCACUGCUGAAUGAGCCCAACACAUUCUCUCCUGCCAACGUGGACGCCUCCGUCAUGUACCGUAAAUGGAGGGACAGCAAGGGCAAGGACCGGGAAUACGCAGAGAUCAUUCGAAAACAGGUGUUGGCGACCAAGGCUGAGGCGGAGAGAGACGGCGUGAAGGUGCCCACCACUCUGGCCGAAUACUGUGUCCGCACGCGCGCCCCCCCUGCUGACGAAGGCUCUGACCUCUUCUACGACGAUUACUAUGACGACGAGGACCUGGAGGACGAGGACGAUGACUGCUGCUAUGACGAAGACGACUCAGGCAACGAGGAGUCAUGACGUGCUUGGUCUCCCCCCACCCCUCCCCUCCUUCCCCGUCAAGCUUAACUCCUGCCCCCCUGCUCCUUGCUAGAAAUGGGUAUAAAACCAAGACUGAUUUUGAACCCCCAUCAUGAAAUCUGUUUUACUAGUGUCUCAUGUUGUUGUUUUUUUGUAGAGACCAGAGUUUACUUCAUGAUAGAGGGCUGGGCCUGAUCUGUUAAGAAUUGUACCAGCACAAGGCCUCUGUUUAAACCGGUCCUGGCAAUAUUGCAACCAAUUUAAAAGUCACUUGUAUCUUGAUCGGUAACAUCCAUCUCCCAAAAAAUACAGGGGUUUAGUCUAUGGUUUCAUUUAAAUCUCUAAAUAUUUUUUUUUUUAAUGCAAAUCCUUAUCAAAAUCUCCCAGGCUCUGCACUGGUGCAUAUAAUAAUCUGGUCCAGUCUGUCUCCUUUCUUCCAGUCUCUAUCUCUCCUACUUGCUACUGGGCCUUGCACUGCUGUCUGCAUAUGGCAUAAGUCACAGUUGGCCACUGUGACUUACAAAAGAGGCACGACUUCAAUCGUCUUUUUGUUUUUGUAGCCCCUAUGUUUGGAGUGAUGCACUGUAAACCACUUCAAUCCCUCACUUUUCUAAGAUGAGGGUCCGUCUCUACUCUUCUCUAGUGAGGGGGGGUCAAGGUUGUGAUGAUUAUCAUCCUCAACCCCAUCCUGACAGCUCAUUAUUAUUUUCCGUUGGACGUUUGACCCACGCUCAGAUUAUUAUUUGCAUACUUUUUAUUGUUCGUAAUAGAAUUCCAUAGUCAUCCUCUAUGAUAUAUUUUUGGUUUUUAAUUAGCGUGGGGUUUUGUUAUUCAAAGGAUCUUUAAUUCUGUAGUUGCCCAGCAUACCAGGGACUUAAUCUCUGAUCGUCCAUCGGAGUGGUCUUCUGUACGGAGCCCGGAGAAGCCAUUUGAAAGAGGCCUCAAAACCAUUGACUGCUUUUUGAACAUUUGUUUGCUGUUAAUGUCCACUUUUUCUCAUGAGCUUAAUUUUUGUCACCUUUUUGGUUAUCCUGUUAUUCCCUCUUAAUGUCUUGAAUAAUGUGCGUAAGUAAAUGGAUUCACUAGGGGAAGGGUUUGAUCAGGAAAGCUUUUGUUUGAAUAAUGGUGUAUCAGGGUCAACAAAGCUUGCGGACAAAUGCUGAAACUGACCACAUUUUGUUUUUAAUGUCUUAUUUUUCUGCAAUGUUGGUUGAUGCUGAGAAAGUAGGUGAUUGGCAUUUUAGAGUGUUUGGUUUAUUCAUCGUGUUUAUUCUGCAUCUGCAAUAUCGUUUUGGUUGUUUUUAUUUACUCAAAUUGGACUUUUGCAAUUCUCAGGACAGGUCUAUUCAUCAAACUAAGACGGUCUUUGGGUGGUCUUCAAAGUUGGUUAACAGCUUCAGAAGAUAACCAAAACUGAUAUGCACACAUAUGUAUGGAUGGUCAAUUUUAUUUACUUGUUUUUUGUGUAUUUUGGCUAUUUAAAAAAAAUAAAGGAAUAUAUUAAAAAUCACAAA